UCCACUGCGCCUACCAUUCCACGCGUUCGUCGCCGCCGUGCGCAUGGACCUCCCGCCGCCGUCGCCGUCGCCGUCGCCGAUGGACGGCGGCUGCUGCCUCGAGGUGCGCCUAUUCUACGUCCGCCUCUCGCCGCGGGGAUCCGCCCCGCCGCCCCGCCUCACGCUCGCGCUCCGCCCAUCCAGCUGUGGGGGCGGCGGCGGCGAGGAGGAGGAGGCCGCCCUCUCCCUCCCCCUCCGCCUCGAUCGCCGGGACCCCGCCUCGGGCGAGGCCACCUACGUCUGCACCGCCUCCGCGAGGCUGCCCCCUCCCUCCGCCGCCUUCGAGGUCGCCGACCACCGCGGCGUCCCGCUGCUGCGCGGCUCUCUUCGGCGAUCCCCUGAUGCCAAGCCCGAUCCCCCCGCCUGGGAGAUCGACUGCGUCCCCGCAGCGGGGGCGGAGGCCGAGACCUCCGCCUUCGAGGUCUACGUCGCCGGAUGCUGCGCCGGCGAGCCCGCCGUCCUCACGCGCGCCCUGCGGCUAGCCACCACGGAAGAAAAAGCUGCCGGCGGGUUGGUUAGCCGCCGAUCACCGACUUCGAUUGCUGCUGGUGCUGAAGAUGACAGCGGUAUGACCAAUGGAAGUAUACAACAUCCUGAAGGUUGGUACUCCGAUGAUGACGACGGGCAACUCACAUGGUUCAAUGCGGGUGUUAGAGUUGGCGUUGGGAUUGGUCUGGGAGUCUGUGUUGGUGUUGGUAUAGGUGUUGGUCUCCUUAUGAGCUCAUACCAAGCAACAGCCAGAAGCUUGAAGCGGCGGUUCUUCUAACACUGUUGCGGUGAAUACGCCAACCUUGAUGGCAGGUAGCAGUAUAGAGUUGGUUUGGUUCUGCUUCAAAGAGCAAAAUAUCACUGUAUAGUUGGUGAGUGUGUUGCCUGUGUAUGGGGUGGUGUGUUGCUUGCUUAGUUGCUUGUGCAGUUUUUGACCCCUGUGCAUCCCUCUCAGUUCUAUGUGAACUGUGAAUGUCCUUUGACGUAAAAAUGUCCCUCAGCUUGAACAAGGAGAAACAGAAUUGGAGUGGAUUGCUAAUCUAGUUGUCUACGUUUGACUAACGGAGGUAUUAUUUCUCUCUUUUUAGAUCAGGUGUUAUGAAGGAAAUGGCAGUACUUAUUCAGUCAACAUUUUAGUACUUGCUUGAAACAGUAAGGAUCUUGUCGUGUCACUUCUGCUUUUGCUUAUAAGCUACAAAUUAAAUUUUAGAACUUGGUUUUGGAGUUUAUUUUGUUGUUUUUUUUGGCGUAUUUAUUUGUAGAGAAAUUGCUUUUGAAUCGCA